ACUGGCUCAGCACGCGAUGGCAUCGUCGACACAACAAACAGAAUAUCUGAAGAAUUUUCGCUUAAUUGUUGAGAGAAUCUUCAAUAAUUGGCAAAAUUUGCGGCUGGCCGUCGAGCAUGGCAUGGGCGGACGCAAUGGUCAGCAGGUGGCCAUCCAAAUAAUGGAAUACACAUAUGAGUACUGCGUGGGCAACGAGAAUAUAACGCAGGGCGAAUUGCAGGAGGUGAUAGAGGAGCUGAUGGAUCAGGAGUUCAAUACGCUGUGCGACGAUUACUCCAUUCCCGAAAUAUGCCGCAAUCUACUGCGCUACAAGCAAAUGGCGCUGGCCGCACAGUAUCCACAGAUUGAGGCCGAGCUGAGUAAAUUGCCGCAGGGCAAGGAUUGGCUGCGUCCCGAUGUCAAGAUCACAUACACGCCCAUCGACGGCGACUCGUCAUCCGGCGAAGACAUGGACGACGAGGACGCUGACGAUGUGGGCAUGAGCGCCGACGAGAGCGACGAGGAGAAUGCGGUGACGGCAGCGUCAAGCAGCGGUCGCGUCACUCGAUCUCAGACACGCAAACAGCAAGCAGACGAGUUUGUGGAGCCCGAAGAUGGCUGGACGACAGUGCGUCGAAAGUAGACUUAACGCAAUAAAUUCAUCAAAGAAAAAAGGCAGUUUGUUAGUUGUAA